ACCUACUUCGCCGCCGGACCAGGUACUCACCAGGGUGACAUUUCACAACAGGGCAAACAUGGAGGCGUGGGAUUCUUAUUGAUGUCGAGGCUGCACUACUAUUAUAGUUAUAAUCGUAUUUCUUCUUAGAGAAAGGUCCGUACAUACCAACGAAAUGGCAGCUUGGACGAGUCGUUUUCUUCUGCUGCGAGUCCCAUGCUUUGCUGCCCUGAGAACAAGAGGAGCGUCUGAAAGUCCUGUCCUUGCACUGGGAUGUGUUCGCACAUUAAAGAAUACGACGUGGUUUGAGGAGCACCUCACGGAGGACAACCAGAAGUACAUGAGGAAAAGCAUCAACGAGGAGUACAGAAGACAGACGGCUGAAAAGCUUAACCCACUCAAAGACGAGCCCUGGCCACGACAUGAGUGGACUGAGGGAAGUCGAAGAGUAGGAUUGGUGGCUGUUAAGUUGGGUAUGGUUCCUGUCUGGACGAAAGCAGGAGAGAGACACGUUGUGACAAUGCUACAGGUGCAGGACUGUCACGUGGUGAAGUGUCUGUCCAAAGAAGAGUACGACGGCCACACCGCCGCCCUGCUGGUUGGAGGGAAGAAUGUGUCCCCCUUCCAUAGGUCCGAGGAGACGAUGGAGAUGUUUCGGAUUGCUGGAGUUCCACCAAAACAGAAGGUCACCACAUUCAAAGUCUCAGACAACGCCAUCAUCAAACCAGGCACUCCACUGUAUGCAGCACACUUCCGCCCAGGCCAGUUUGUGGACAUCACUGCAAAGACGAUCGGUAAGGGUUUCCAGGGCGUGAUGAAGCGCUACGGGUUCAGAGGUCAACCAGCGUCCCACGGACACACAAAGACGCAUCGCAGACCUGGAGCGUCUGGGCCUGGGGGGGAUCCAGCCAAGGUGUUCAAAGGCAAGAAGAUGCCUGGCCAAAUGGGCAAUUACUUUGACACGGCACAUGGCCUUAAGGUUUGGAGGGUGAACACCAAGUCGAACGUGCUGUACGUUCAUGGCUCAGUGCCCGGUCACAAGAACUGCUUGUUAAAGGUGAGGGACACCAUCCUGCCUCGCAGGAGCUCCUCGCUCCUCAACCCGCCGUUCCCCACCUUCUUCAGCGAGGAGGAGGGCGACCUCGAGGAGGACCUCUACGACCAGGACAUGUUUGUUUACAGCGAGCCCUCGCUGACGCUCGCUGAAUAACACACGCACGCACACAUCCACACAACACACACACACAUGUAUUGUAUUUGGUUAAAUAAAGGAAUCCCCUGCA